AUGAAUAGCAACAGUAGCUUAGACAGGGAAAUCGUCAUCAAAGUCUGCUCAACGUCUUUUAAUAAGGCGCUUGAAGUCAAGACAACGUUAAACUCUGACAUUGGAAGCUUGAAAAGAACCAUUGAAGAUAUAGUUCCUAAUCACCCCCCUCCAACUCAUCAACGUCUAAUAUAUUGCGGUAUGAUGUUGACGGACAACGACUAUCUCAAAGAUAUCCUAAAAAAGGUUGACAAUGACAUUCAGCCUACAUUCCAUCUGGUUGUUAAACCUUCUUUACAACGCAAAUCUUCGACUGUUCGAAAUUACGCACAAUCUCAACAACAUUCACUGCAAGAACAGCAGGCUCAUUCUGCGGAAUCUAGUGAUAUGGCGGCAUCAGCUACUUGCUCAACAUCCUCUGCAGCACAAUCUCAACAACAAGAACAACAACCAUUACAACAAUCACAAUUACCUCCACAGCAGUCUAUGAACAAUACUCCACAACAACAACGAAUCCACAACGAAACACCUUCAAUGUACCAACCUUCUUCAUUACUACCUGGUGGAUAUCAGGUCAUUGCUAUCAACGGUCAAUACUAUCUUGCACCUGUCUUAACCCCUGCUCAACCUCUGUCAUCAAUACAAGUCUUCCAACAGCCUCAGCCCCCGUCUCAACAGUAUUCUUAUGUAGUUCCCCAAAACCCACAAGUCCAACCUCAAUAUCAGCAACGUCAAUUCAAUUAUAUAAGACAAUAUAUCAGUAAUCUGUUUACCAACAAUAACAACAAUAACCAGCAGCAGCAACAACCCAUUCUCGUACGACAAGGCAUGUUAAAUGGUGGCAUGUUUCAGAGAGCUACGUCCAUCUGGCUUGCUGUAAAAUUGAUGGUCAUUCUUUUCAUGGUUUGUCAGGGUGCUAGUAUCGAACGUAUCUUCAUAUUUCACACAAUUGCCUUUAUUUUCUUCUUAUAUCAAACGGGUCGAUUGAGAUUUGUUGUACGACGAGUACGAGCUGAGGAUUUGAACAUGAAUAGAAAUGGAGGAGUAGGAGGAAUUGCACAGCAACAGCAGCAACAGCAGUAUCAAUCGCAAACAGAAACACGAGCAGUUGAUGAUAAUAACAAUAAUAACGGUACUGAUACAGUUUCUUCUACAUCAGUAAAUCACAACAACCCAAACUACAAUAAUUUACACCAAAGAAGAGCGACAGAUGGCAGUGCUGAAGAUGUUACAGCGUCAUCCACAUUCGUAGAAAAUAAUAGACAUCAACCGCAACAGCAACAACGAGCUUUGACCGCAUUAGACACGUGGAAAAGGGGAAUUUACUCAUUCUUUGCUUCGUUGUGGCCAACUUAUGGUGUUGAUCCACGCAUUGCACAAGCAUUUAAUGAUGAUGAUAACAACAACAACAACAACGACAAUAAUAUUAACAAUUAA